GGCAGCAUGUCUCAGGCAGGUAAAGUUCUGCACCUGUACGUGGAGGUGAGGUCCGUCCCAGAGGAAGAAGGGAAGAGAAGAGCAGCUGAUGGAUCUGCUCACCUGAUGCUUCAGUGCCCAGAUGUCCUCCCUCACAGUCCCGACCUUCCCCCAGUUAUAAAGCACCUAACGGGGGUCGGGAGCCACAGCUUACCUCCCCCAAAAUCCUCUUCUAGGCACCCUGCCAGCUUCCAGCUCCAGAACCCCGAUGCUGCGGACUCUCCCCCCCACUUCCACCGGCCGGACGCAUCGCGGGACAGUUUUGGUGAACUCCUGCAGGUCCUUGUACCUGCAGCCGGUUCUCCUGGCCCCCGUGGCUCGCUGAACUGGACCCCUUCCUCUGACAUGGAUCCUUACCAGAAGAGGGGGCUUCCUGCCCCGUCUGGUCGGCUGACCGUACCCUCCACUCCUACCGGCACCCGCAGGUCCUAUGAGGUCCUGGGGUUGGGGGGCGAGGAGGGGAAGACCUCUGUGGUGAAGUUCGGCUACAUCGAGAAAUCUAACGUUCACAGCGGCCGCCGUUCCUCUGUGAGCGAGCUCGGCGGUCCGCUGCUGCCCCCCCACCUACGCAAGAGGCUGAGUGACCCGGUGUGGUGCGAUGGUCAGCAGAGGCAGCCCGAACCUUAUUCCAGACCCCCCUACCCGUCUCAGAGCCAGUCCCCACAGGGCUCGCCUUACCUGCCGAGGCCGGCUCUAGAUGCAAUAGCCAGAGAUGCCACCUACAGGGCUUUGGAGGAAUUUGGAUCCCCGGAACUUAGGCGCCGGUUUGGAGGUCCAGAGAACAGCAGCCCGACCCUGCCGCGGCACUACCACUACCCUCGCUGCAGGUCCUGGGCGGGGUCGCCGGUCCUGCCCCGUGGCACCUUCACCCUGCCGUCCAGGGUUCAGCUCCUGGACCUGGACGGGGGAAGCUGUCACGGUUCACUGAACGGAUUACCCAGAAGCCCCGCCUCUGACGAGCUGUGUGCCCACACGGGCCGCUCGGCCGCAGCGGCCGCAGUGGCCGCAGCGCCGCACUGCCAAGGCUCGCCCCGGAGCCGGCAGAGGCCGUGGCUCAGGGACGAGAGCCUCAGGCCGUCCAGCAAAUUUCACCCCCCUUUACCCGCUGGGAGACCCACAGACAUCCAGCACGAGAUCCCCACCAGCAGCCAGCCCGGGACCGGGAGCAGGCAGCGCAGUGUUAGCAGUGAUAGGUAUAAUGCUAAUCACAGUGCUGUAACUAAUACACACUGCAGUACUAACAGUAACUCUGCAGUAUCCAGCAGGACUCAGUCCAGACCUCCCAGCUGCAGCAGAGCCAGCAGCAGGAGCACCUCCCCGUCUCAUGCCGAGGUGGCCUGUAAGCUCGCGGUGGAAGCGGCAGGCAGCAGGAGCACCUCCCCGUCUCAUGCCGAGGUGGCCUGUAAGCUCGCGGUAGAAGCGGCCAAACUGUCCUCCAUCUUCGCAGAGAGACGGACUCCUUCUCCAACACCAGAGUCCCUGAUGGGGGGGUCAUUCCUUAGGGAGUCCCAGCCGUACGCUACGCUUCAGGGGCGACUUUCCCCUGAAGUUCUGGAGGCGGACCAGUGGAACCAGCAGAACCAGCGGGAAGAGCGGAACCAGUGGAACCCGCAGAAUCAGUGGAACCAGCAGAACCAGCGACAGAGAACAGACAAACCAGCAGCUCAAACCCGCCUGGGACAAGUCUCCCCUCUCUCUGCAGCCAGGUUGCACAAGUCAGUCCCCUCUCAGGCACCGGUCUCAGACCAUCAACACCAACAGAGUCCGUCCCCUAAUAAGGACCCGUCUUCCCUGCACCGUUACCAGCCGCCUCAGUUCACCGGAGACCGGACGACCCGUGUGGAGCGGAGGCAGUAUGAGCUCCUCUCUGAUACAUCGCCUAACAACAGCCCUGAACCCUGCAGGAGACUGCAGGAGCGGAGGGAGACCGGGGAAGACCCCGGAGUCUACGGCCCGAGCAGAGAGGAGCACCUCAGGACGGACGGAGGAGACGUCGGAGGAAAGACGUCGGUGCAGAGUUACCAUAGCGACGAGGUUCAGGACCACAGCGGGGCCGGCGGUUCCUCUCAGAGCUCCAGCGGAGUGACGGGCAGCAUGUCCCCCGAAACCUCCAGCCAGUCCAGCCACGAUACGGCCGACACCGGGAUGCAGUCGGACGGCUCGGCAGCGACGCCGACGUCAAGAUCGCAGAAAAUAGCCCGAGCGAAGUGGGACUUCCUGUUCGGAGAGCCACCGGAGAACCGCUGCAAUAAAGACGCCCCCCCUUCACCCAGCCCCACCCCUCCCCCCUCCCUUCAUCUGAAGCCAGCCAAUCAGAGGAGGGAGCGGGGUCUGUCCCAUCACCAGGUGCGGCAGAUCGAGGUGGAGCUGGUGACCUCUGAACCCCGAGGCUCCGCCCCCAAGACUGGCAUCAUCCGCCGCUCCGUCAAAUACUCCGAAACCGACCUGGACGCCGUUCCGCUGCGCUGUUACCGGGAGACGGACCUGGACGAGGUGAUGCGGGCGGAGGCGGAGGCAGCUGACGAGGUCGAGGCAGACUGUGCUUUUGGGAGUAAUCGCAGCGUGUUGUUAAACUCGUGCUUCGUUACCGUCGACGCUGACCUGAAGAAGCUCCUAGGAAAAGAGGAGGAGGAGGAGGAGGAGGAGGAGGAAGGAGUGGUGAGUUGGGCCAGCGUUCGGAUGCAAGGAGACAGACAGAGACAGAGAGCCACUGAGGAAGAGGAAGUGUUCAGUCUGCUGCUGAAGAGGCCGUCGGAAGUUUCCUCUGAUGGACUGAAGUCUCCGCUGUCGGUCGGCCCCCCCCUCGGCCCCCCCCGCCGGCCCUCCGACAGCAACCUGGACUCCUUCAGCCGACACUUUGAGAGCAUCAUGGAGUCUCACCGGGCCAAAGGAACUUCCUACUCCAGCCUGGACUCUGUUGACCUGCUGACCUCCGGAUCCACAUCGGUGUUCACCUUCGACCUCCCAACCCUCACACCUGAGAUACAGAGUCAGAUCUGUGAAAGUGCCAAACAGAUCUUGGAUCUGAGCUUCGCCCCCCUCGCUCGGCCCCCCCCCCCCUCGGAGACGUCGCGCUCAGAAGUGACGCUCAGUGCGUUGGGGGCGGGGCUUAAGGGGGGGGGGCGCCGCUCCGGCCUCAAAGAUGGCUUCCGUAAGGCGAGCUCGGCGCCGUCGCUGCACAACAGGGAGCGGGCGCUGAGUCGCCCCCCCGAGCUGCUGCAGCCUCAGGCCGACGUAGCGGAGCGUCUGGCGCUGGGCGAUGAAGCGCUAGCUAACGCGCUAGCUAACGGAACGAAGGCCGACCUGCAGGCCGCUCGCCGCCUCGCCGCUCGGCUCUACGGCCUCGAAGGCUUCAGGAAGUCUGACGUGGCUCGCCACCUCGGCAAGAAUAACGAGUUCAGUCAGCUGGUCGCAGAAGAAUAUCUCAGCAACUUCAACUUCUCCAGUCUGACCAUCGACCAGGCGCUCAGGAAGUUUUUGGGUCAGUUUGCUCUGAUGGGAGAAACUCAGGAGAGAGAAAGAAUCCUGGCUCACUUCUCCAGAAGAUACAUGCAGAGUAAUCCUGAGAGUGAGACAACUGAAGACAGCGUCCACACUCUGACGUGUGCUAUCAUGCUGUUGAACUCGGACCUUCAUGGAAACAACGUGGGGAAGAGGAUGUCCAGCAGUCAGUUCAUCUCUAACCUGGAAGGACUCAAUGAUGGAAAAGACUUCCCGAAAGAUCUGUUGAAGACGCUCUACAGCUCGAUCAAGAACGAGAAGCUUCAGUGGACGAUUGAUGAAGAGGAGUUGAGGAAGUCGAUGUCGGAGCUAGCAGACGUUCGGACUGACUCCGCCUCUCACACCAUGAAGCGUCUCACUGGAGGAAACCUGCUGGUGGGCGUCGCCCAGCAGGCCGACGGCGAGCUCUAUAAGAACGGCUUCCUGGUCCGCAAGGUCCACGCCGACCCUGAUGGAAAGAGAACACCGCGAGGGAAGAGAGGAUGGAAGUCUUUCUACGCAAUGCUGAAGGGACUCGUGCUGUACCUGCAGAAGGAUGAGUACCGUGCGGACCGCGAGCUGUCGGAGGAAGACGUGAAGAACGCCGUUUCCAUCCAUCACUCGCUCGCUAUGAGAGCCGCCGACUACAGAAAGAGACCCAACGUGUUCUACCUGAGAACCGCUGACUGGAGAGUGUUCCUGUUCCAGGCUCCGAACGCGGAGCAGAUGCAGUCGUGGAUCACUCGGAUCAACGUGGUGGCGGCCAUGUUUUCGGCGCCUCCGUUCCCGGCGGCGAUCGGCUCUCAGAAGCGUUUCAGCCGGCCGCUGCUGCCGGGCUCCAACACCAAACUGUCCCAGGACGAGCAGCUCAAAUCACACGAGAACCGUUUCCGAGCCGUUUCCUCCGAACUCGCCGAGCUCGCCGCCGCCCCCGACAGGAAGGUCAAAGGUCGCGAGCUGGAGGAGCAGAAACUGCGACAGGAGUACCUGGAGUUCGAGAAAACGCGGUACGGGACGUACGCCAUGCUGCUGAGGGCCAAAGUGGCGAGCGGCGACGACGAGCUGUCGGCCUUCGAGUCGCGGUUGUUUGAGGACGGCGGACUGCAGAGGGCGCACUCGAGCCCGACACUGCCGCUGGACGCCGGCGGGGAGAAGACGCGCGGCGCCAAGACGACUAAAAGCCUCAAGGAGACGACGAGGAGUGACAGAGACGGAAACAAGAAGAAGAACGGAAACAAACGGCAGGACGAAGCGCCGCAGAGCUGCUGACCCACAUGAUGCAUUAUGGGUAAAACCCUUCUCUGGUGGCUCUGAUUGGCUGACAGAGAUUUUCUCUGGCGAGGAAACGAAGGAUCGAAAACGUUCAGGAAACACCGACCGCUGGCUCUCAUUUCAUUUCAGGGACAAAGUUUGGUUUACCUGAUCAAUCAGCUGAUCAAUGACCUGAUCAAUGACCUGAUCAAUCAGCUGAUCAAUGACCUGAUCAAUGACCUGAUCAAUCAGCUGAUCAAUGACCUGAUCAAUGACCUGAUCAAUCAGCUGAUCAAUGACCUGAUCAAUGACCUGAUCAAUCAGCUGAUCAAUGACCUGAUCAAUGACCUGAUCAAUCAGCUGAUCAAUGACCUGAUCAAUGACCUGAUCAAUCAGCUGAUCAAUGACCUGAUCAAUCAGCUGAUUAAUCAGCUGAUUUCUCUCUAGGUACUCACAUUUCCUGCACCGCUUAGCAACCAGCGGGGGAGCAGGUUGCCAUGCCGACCACUCACGAUGGUCAGAGCAUGUGGGACUGUUGCCGUGGCGACUGUUCAAAGAGUGAGGCAAACAGCUGAUGAUGCAUUACCGCCGGCAACGAGAACACACAACCUCCUCACUGUGUGUAUAUGUAUGCGUGUGUGUGCGCGCGCGUGCAUGUGCAUGUUUGUGCGUGCGCGUGUGUGUGUGUGCGUGUGUGUGCGCGCGCGUGCAUGUGCAUGUUUGUGCGUGCGUGUGUGUGCGUGUGUGUGUGUGCGUGUGUGUGUAACAUGCUGGAGGACUCUCAGUAUCUGAUGGAAACAUGGAGGCCGUAUGGAAGAUCAUUGGUGACUAAAAACUUUAGAGUUAAAAAUAAUCAGCUGAUCUUCCUGUUGAAAUGUUUUA